AGACUACAACAAAAACUCUCAGUAAACAAAAGCAAAAUUCUAUUAAAACCGCGAAAAAUUAUUUCAAACUUGCUCAUAACUUAAAAAAAACUAUUGCGUCAAUUCAUUCACAUAAUUAUCUGCACAAAUCACCAUCAUGGAGAGUCCAAAAUCGACGCGAGAGAAUGAACUAUCUGGAGUGACGAGUCGUAGUGGUCGUGUGAUAAAGAAGAGUACAAAGCUAAUGGAUUUCACUUCUCCAGAUGAUAUUGAGAUCGUUAAAGCGAAAAAAAUGGCAUCAGCUUCCAGAAAAUUAAACAUGACUCAAUUUUCACACAUAAAAAUGGAACCAGAAUUUGAAAUUACUCACGUUCUUCCUGCCAAACACUUCGAUGAUAACAUCGAUGACCAUUCGUUCUCAAUGAAGAAUCGAGAUAAUAAUUAUAAUCCUUCAAAUGAUCUUAAUAUAGCUGAUGAAGAUUUCCAAGAGAGUGACUCUGAUGAUCGGCAAAUGGUUAUAAAAACAGAAGAUGAUCCUGAGAUUGAAUUCGCAACACCUCGUCGCAGUAUUUACAUAACUGAGAAAUCUUCGAAAAAGAAAAUGAUGAAAGACGGAAAAAUUGUGAUGGGAAAAGCACAGCGAAAAGAUAAAGGAAAGACCCGUUACACAGCUUAUAUGUUAUGGGCUAAAGAAGCUCGACAUUCAAUCUCAUUAUCAAAUCCCGAACUUGAUUUUGCGAGCGUUUCAAAGCGUCUUGGUGAAAUGUGGGCUAAUGUGCCGACAAAUGUUAAAUAUAAUUGGAAGCGUCGUGCAAAGAGAUUAGCUAAUAAGAUUAAGAAAUCAAAUGGUGCCAAAGGACAAGUACCACAACCAAGCAAAUACAUGCAGCAGAAAUACUAUCUUAACAAGACAAGUACAAAUUCAACCGUCACUUCAACAUCAACAACGACAUCAACACCUUUAACGAAACAACAAAAGCAACUACAAAAACUCUUAAAAUCUGAGAAAUCAAAAACGCAAUCUAUUCAAAAUGCUCAAAAACAACAAAAGGAGAAAUUAUCGUUGACUCCAAGCACUAGCAGUAGUUGCAAGGCUUCACCAUCAACAUCUACUGGAAGACGAAGUAGCAUUGUACAAAUAAAUAAACCUCUUGACUUGGAACCCAUCGAUGUUGCUGCACAUUUGAAGCUUCUUGGCGAAAGUCUUAUCAAUAUUGGUGAAAGAUUAUCGCAGCAUGAGGGUCAAAUUGCUGUAUCAGGAAGUUUUUCUGUUCUGCUUGAUAGCAUUCUCUGUGCAAUGGGCUCACUUAUGUGCUGUCUAAACUACGUUCCAGAACUUAACUUUCAAAAUGAUCCACCACUCACGAAUGGAGAGACGGGAUCUGAAGAGGAACCGAAAAAUCUUUUUCAAAGUAUCAUGGAUAAUGUUCACUACAUCAUGCCGGGAUUGUAGUGAUUUCCAUUCAAUAAUUUAUGAUUUUCCUUCACCUGGUGUCAUUUUUGAAAAGUUUAGGACGAUUGAAUAAAAAAACAUUGAAAU